UCCAAUACGUGCGGUUGUUGGUCUGCGGGUGGAAAUUCGAGUCAAGAUUUAAGGAAAUUUGCAUUUAAUGUUCAGCUACGAAAAGUUAUAAAUAUACAAAAUUUACGACACAAAGUGACACCUGUCUCUAAUUUAUACGCGAAAAGCUAAUAAUUGUGCCGUAAAGUAUUUUGAUUACCCCCACUUCUUAUACAUAAGUAAACAACAAAUAUCAGUAAUAAUGUCUCAACAAGCAUUGCCACAACCGCAACAACAGCAAUUUGCCCUGCUGCCAAAGAUUAUCAAUGGCGGCAUCGCCGGUAUUAUCGGUGUCUCCUGCGUCUUCCCUCUGGAUUUGGUCAAAACUCGUUUGCAGAAUCAACAAGUGGGUCCAAAUGGUGAGAAGAUGUAUAAAAACAUGUUUGACUGCUUCCGCAAGACAUAUCGUGCUGAGGGUUAUUUUGGCAUGUAUCGUGGUUCGGGUGUCAACAUUCUGCUUAUUACGCCCGAAAAGGCUAUAAAACUGACUGCUAACGAUUACUUCCGUCACAAGUUAACCACCAAAGACGGACAUCUGCCCAUGAGCAGUCAAAUGUUGGCUGGCGGUUUAGCUGGUGCAUUCCAAAUCAUCGUUACGACUCCUAUGGAGUUAUUGAAGAUUCAAAUGCAGGACGCUGGCCGUAUUGCAGCACAAGCUAAAUUAACGGGUAAAACGGUGGAGAAAGUUUCAGCAACUAAAUUAGCCUCACAGCUGCUCAAAGAGAAGGGUAUAUUCGGUCUAUAUAAGGGUAUCGGUGCGACCGGUGCGCGUGAUGUAACCUUCUCAGUAGUUUACUUCCCGCUGUUUGCUACAUUGAAUGCGCUUGGCCCGCGUAGAAAUGACGGUUCAGGCGAGGCAGUAUUUUGGUGUUCCUUCUUAUCUGGUUUGGCAGCUGGUUCAUUUGCUGCGCUCUUUGUGAAUCCAUUAGAUGUGGUGAAAACACGUCUGCAGGCGAUUAAGAAAGCGGAUGGUGAGAAGGAGUUCAAGGGUAUUGUGGAUUGUAUUAGCAAAACCUUCAAGUACGAAGGCCCAACCGCAUUUUUCAAAGGUGGUCUGUGCCGUAUGAUUGUGAUUGCACCACUAUUUGGCAUUGCACAAAUGGUGUACUUCCUUGGUGUAGCCGAGGCGAUGUUGGGCAUGCAAAAGAAGAACUAAGCGCACACAGARAAAUAGUUAUGGUUACUUUAGUUGCUAGUGAAACAUUAAAUGAAGUUAAAAGAUCAUUAUAAAUUUAGCACUUAAAAAAGGCAGUGAUGUUAGCAGAUUAAAAAAAUAGUACCAAACUGUAAUCUAUACAUUCAGAAUUGUAUGUAAUAUAUAAAUAAGUAUAUGUCAUGCAUUUAAYGAGUGCUGUCCAUAUAUACUCCAUGCAUAAAAAAAAUGUUCAAAUUUAAAGACAUAAAUGUGAGCGCAAUAUGUACGUAAAUUGCGAUUGUUGUUGGAAAAAUGUGUAUGAAUGUCAUAAAAUAUGCUUAAAUUUAGCAUUAAUAAUACAGUGAAAAUAAAACAGUCAAUUCAUAUAUGAAACCUUAAACCAGAACAAACACAUGCUUAAGCGAAUUUACAGCUAAAACGUUAUUUGAUCUACAUUUAUUACAUUCUUAUCUAAAUAUGUACAUAUAUGUAUAUGUAUGUGCAUACUCUUUUUUAAUUACAAGUAAAAGAGCCCAUAUGUGUUGAGUUCCACAAAAUCUUACCAUUACAAUUGAAAAUAUGACAAUAAACUGCAGCUGCUGUAGAUGCAUAGCAAAUAAAAAAACAACAAAAUAGCUAAAAUUCUAUUAGCAAAAGUGAGAAAAUUAUGAAUUUAUAAAUUAAACUAUAUUAACUGUAAUGCUAAAGUAUACACUAUAUAUACGAACAUAAUAUUAAACGAAAUUUCCUAAUUUUAUUGGCUUUAUUUUAAAUUGAGCACUUUUGUCAUCUGCUCAGAGCUAUAAAUAUCAAAAACCAUAGUAUUUCAUGCAAUUUAUUACCCUUGUUGUUUUAUCUUUGUUGUUUUUUAUGUAUACAUGUACAUAAACAGUUAGUGCAAAGUUAAUGUGGCUUAAUGUGCAUAGGAGCAAAUAUUAUUGCUGCUUUAAAA